GCGGGGGCCUGCAAGUUCCCUUCCUGCUUAUCACAAAAUGAAAAGGAAAUGACAGGGAUGUUCGCCUCGUCUAAGCACCCCACCAUCACCCGUGUCAAAGCAAAUGGAAGAAUUUGACUGACACUUCCUGCGCCAAACCCGUCCAAUGAGCAUGAGGUCCUAGUACCCUUCUGCGUGCGUUGGUGAAGAGGUGAUGGGAGGAAAGCAAAGUUUGCAGAGGGGAGAAUAAAACCAAAUCUGACUGUUCUUCUGUUGGCCCUCGAUUACAAAAGAGGAUGACAAACCAAGGUUUUUGCAAAAGAGAAUAGCAUGCUUCUACUCCUGUUUCCAUCUUGAAGGCAUGGAUUAUGCUGCUCGGGGUAUUGAGGGUGAUUUAUCUCUUGCAUCAUGCGUGAAUACAAGCUAGUGGUUCUUGGUUCUGGAGGUGUUGGAAAGUCUGCUCUGACUGUACAGUUUGUUCAAGGAAUAUUUGUUGAAAAAUACGAUCCUACGAUAGAAGACUCCUACAGAAAGCAAGUUGAAGUAGAUGCACAACAGUGUAUGCUUGAAAUCUUAGAUACUGCAGGAACGGAACAGUUUACAGCAAUGAGAGAUCUAUACAUGAAAAAUGGACAAGGUUUUGCAUUAGUAUAUUCCAUCACAGCUCAGUCCACAUUUAAUGAUUUACAGGAUCUAAGAGAACAGAUUCUUCGAGUCAAAGACACUGAUGAUGUUCCUAUGAUUCUGGUUGGCAAUAAAUGUGACUUGGAAGAUGAAAGAGUUGUGGGAAAGGAACAAGGUCAGAACCUAGCAAGGCAAUGGAAUAACUGUGCAUUCUUAGAGUCUUCUGCAAAAUCAAAGAUAAAUGUUAACGAGAUCUUUUAUGACCUUGUGCGACAAAUUAACAGAAAAACUCCAGUGCCUGGAAAAGCACGCAAAAAGUCAUCGUGUCAGCUACUUUAAUGCAUAGCUGUACUGUAGCUCUGAGCCAGGUCUGAAGAACUGUUGCCCAAUUCAACAGUGCCAGCAUUCCAACUUUAUUAAACCUACCAACAUCUUAAAUGGACUUUCCUGUGGUGGUACCCUUUAAGAAAUGGAUGAAAGCUACAUCAGUUUGCACAUUCUAUCACUUUCCAGUGUCAUGAGAGAUUUUUACUUCUAAAUAUUCUGUGUAUGCAACUGGUAAAACCAGAGCCUACAUCCAGUAUUACUGAUAAGAGACAUUGUUCAUCCACCAAUGUUGUACAUGUAUGAAAACUGUGUACUGUAUACUUCAACAAUCCCCACUUUCUAUUGGAGAGUACAAUAAUGUAAAUCCUAAAAGCACCACUAUUUUAGCAUAAUAAAAGAAAGUCCAAAGAGCUCCUAUAUAGACUACUCCAGAUAACUUUGCUUCAUCGGUAUUUGUAGCUUAUUGUAACUUUUUUAAAGAAAUACAGGAUCAUCAUCAUCAUCGUAUUGUACAAAAGCGCUUUGAUUAACACAACGGCUAUAUAGUUUUUUAAUUUUAGGAAAAAACCUGUGGAGACAGUGACCUAGUCUUUAAGAGUCCUUUCAGUAUAACGUCUGACUAAAGACAUGGCCUUUAAUAUCUGUUGGGAAGGAAAUGUCCAGACUUUUCAACCUUUUAUUGUAUGUUUCCUUUUCCUUGUUUACAUAGGGAACAAUGUUUAUAGUUGUGUGUACAGUGGGGGUCUACAACAAGAAGUGUAUAUUUUAAAACAAUUUUUUAAUGAUUUAACAAUUUUUUGUAAAUCAUUUUUGGGCUUCUGCAGCUGUAGAUUCUCACUGUGAAUUCCCUUGCUUGCUCAUGCAUAAGUGUAUUUGCAAUACCAAAUAUACAGGUUUAGUACUUUUGCCUGUUAGUGAUUGUUUUACAUGUGUAACGUUUUGGUUGAGAUGUUAAAUGGUGGAAGAGUACUGUGGAUGUGAAUGUGGGAAGUAAUUUUAAUCAUGUGUAAUUGGUCACAGGGCCUAAGUUGCAGUAAUUAACUUUUGCUGAUUUAUUUAACAAUGCCUUGUUGCUUUGUAUGCAUUAACGUUUGGGUGUAAAGAUUGUGUGUAUAUCCAACAGGGAGCCACAGUAUUUAAAUUGACCAACCUAAUGUUACAACUGCUUUGAGGUGGCCAAAUGUAAACUAAAAGCCUUAAUUAAAGUGGUGCAAUUUUGUAUGACUUAGCAUCAGUAGUUCAAUAAAUUUGGAUUGCCAUGCAAGGGCUUGCAUUACAGUUACACUACUUGAAUGUUUUGUGUUUUAGUAGUGCUAGUAAAUAUUGAUUUUUACAUCUCUUGCACAGUGCAGAUUCAUACAUCUUAGGAUGAAGAGGAGCCCCUGUGUCUUUGUUUUCUGACAAAUACAUGCCAUAGAUAUUUCUUCUAAUAGUAUCCCAUGUGUUAGUGUGAAUGAAUUUCUGACUGAAUGAAAUUCCAUUUAUUUCUGGACUUGGAAUAUGCUAAGCUCUAACAAAAGGAAACAUCUAAGAGAAAAAUACCUGUCUUCAAAGGUUACACUAUCAAUGGCUGUUUUGGAAACUUGAAAAUAUGUUGCCUGUUAUUUUCCUUCUUUUCAGGGAGAAUGAAUUGUUAGAAUUUACUUAGUCCAGCAAAAAAAAAUUAUCUUGGGAGACAGAAUGAUUUUUCUGCAUGAAAGCUAUAUCAGUUUGCACAUUCUAUAACUUUCCAUUGUUAUGAGAGAUUUUUACUUCUAAAUAUCUGCAUGAACCAAACCUUAUUUCUUUGAUCUUAAGGAAAUCUGCAGAAGAGCAUUCUUGCAGUAUGGAGUGUAGAAUUUUGCCAACUUGAAAUACCUGUUAAUAGUGUUGGACAGAGAAGUGGAAUGCAUGGACUGUAGAUGAUUUCCUGAUCUUGGCCGUGCUGCUGGAAAUUAAUGUCACACCCAAAUCCUUGGUACCUCCUGUUUCUCUGGCACAGAAUUAUCAGAGAGCUGGUUCUAAUUCAUUCCUGCAAAUUCAAUCAGAUUAGGUUAGCUAAUACUGGUAAGCUUUGAGAUAGUUUAUGUUGCCCAAAGUGAAUUAAGAAGCCCAGCUGAUCCUUCCUGCUGGUAGUUUCAUUAGUCAUCACCAUUGUUUAAUGUAGGUAAUAUACUUCUACUGUGCAGAGACAGAUUUAAGAUUGAAAUUCCUUUUCAUUUAUCAUUAGAAAUCUUAAGAUGUGAUUAUCCCCAGCCUGCUUGGUCCCCAGAGUAAAGGAGACUGGAGCACUAGAUGCCCUAGUUCUUUUUUCACAAGGUACCUACCUUCUUUGGUGAGCUAAUGGGAAUUUUUCAUCCCUUCAUUUCCAACCUCUACUUAUUCAGGGCUUGUAACACUUUUAUGUCCUGGCUGUCCUUUUAUUGGUCUUUUUAAUGUGUUUCUUUUCCAGGCAGCUGUACAGGUGGCAUUGGGUGGGAGUAAGAGCUAAUUCUUUUGAGAACAUCAUAGAAGGGGCCUUGGUCUGGUCUUGGUAUCCAGCCAAAGAAUACUAUUACAGGGAAGAUCAGGCUUUGUCCUGAAAAGCUCUGUACUGAAGUAUUCUUGGUGGUUCUGUUCUUCAGCAUUAGAGGUAUUCAGUUGGAUCAAACCCUUAAGGAAGUAAAAUUUUCAGAAUCCUAGGCUUUAACAUCUGAAGAUUGUGCUAAAGAAGGGAAAUAUGUUCCCCCCUGUCCUGUAUUUAGAACUUAUGUCAGAUGUGUAAAGCCAGCACACUGUAACCUAGGUAACACCUAAACCCCGGUAUUCUUGAAAAUUUAGGCAAGCUUCAAGGGAGCAGUGUCCCAGUUGUUAAAGGGAAGAUGCUUGACAAAAUGUUGCUAAUGAAAUUAUGAAGUUAAACACAUUAGAAUUCUCUUCAUGUCUAAAUAAUUGUGAUGUAAAAAGCUGUUCCCACUGAGGAAGUGAGCACCCAGUUCCCCAUGGGAAUUGGAACAAUGUAAGCAGUUACCAAUUGUAGAAAAAAAUCCUGUCUGCUGACAUUUUUGAGCAAACUGCUACGUAUCUUCAAGACAAUUCCAUUAUGUACCAAUGCUUAAGAAGUUCACACUUGAACUACUUGUACAGAAACUGAACACUUCUAAAGCUUUGGAUGAAAACCUGCAUAACUCACAUUUUGAGAAUUAAUGCAGGCAUUUUUGCAAAUUUGGUGUUAAUACACGUGUGUAACUGCUUGUAAAGUUAGCUUAUGCUUACAGUGCACACUGCUUUAUUUCCUCUCUAAUCUGAAACUGAUAUAUGUCAGUAUUUAAAGUCUGAGCCUUCUAUGGAAAAAGUAGUAUUUAUGUCCUGAAAUACAGAAGUAUUAUUUAAUGGAAUUGCACUCUUCAUAUUAGGACUCUUUCCUUGCAAUAUAAAUUUCUCUUGUAUCUUACCUUAUCCUAGUGUCCUUUUUCAUUCUCGAAGUAUUUUGUGAAAUGAAUAUUACCUGCCUAAUUUACAAGACUAUUUUGAGACAUUGCAAGAUGUUUUCAGGUGUCCAAAUGAAUUAAGUGUAAGCUCAAACUACUACUGCUCUCCUGCAUAAGAGACUUAAAUUCUUGAAAAGUAUUGUGGAGUUAGAUAUUACAGUUCUUUCAUAAGACGUACUGAUUCUGUGGUGCUAGAAAUGAAAGGUGGCAGAAGUUUGAAAUUGGGAUUAAAAUUUUUAAGUAAAAUUGCAGUUUUCUUGCGGGUCAACAGUAAAAAUGAGAAUUUUUCUUCUUUUAAAAUGGUGUCAACAAACUGGAUGAAUCAAACAUAAUGAAUUUUUUUUCCCAAGUUUUCUAAUCUUGGGAAGAAGCUUGACCACAAUACUGUACUAGUUCUAGACAGACUUCACUUUAGACAUAUCAGCAGUAGAAAGUUAUACUAGAUGUAAAUGGUCAAAAAUAGUCUAAGUACAGCUAUGUAGCACUUUUUAAAUUGUAAUCUGCUUAUGCAGCCAAGUGUAGACAAAAAGCUUUUUUGUUCAAUUUUAUACUGCUGUUCCAACAGCAUUAGGCUAUAUUUCAAUUUAUUGCUUUUAUUUUGCCUGUGUGGGGAGGAGAAUAAAGACAAAUAAAAAGUUUAUUAAGUAUAUAACAAAACGCAGUCAUAAGUUGUUCUCUAAGGUAGCAUUAAAGUACCAGAGUUAUUAAAUUAGGUUUUUAUUUCUGAAUCUAAAGCAUGUUAUGCUUUUCUUUCAAAAGCUUAUGCACAAUUUGAAGAUUUCUAGAACCUCAUCUACGAUUUCCAUUUUAUAAAGUAAACUCUGGAAUGGUACUUAUAUUUGUGGAAAACUUUACAUUCAGAGUCUUGAACUAAAAGAUGAGCAAAGUUG